AUGAAACCAGCUAAACUGCAAGAUCAUCUGAGAAGAUGCCACCCUGAUAAAACAGAGAAAGAUUUGAAAUACUUUCAAACACUCAAAGAUAAAUUUCAGAAGAGACCUACACUGGACAGAAUGUUCGCUUCGACGUCACAAAGAAAUGAUGAUGGUUUGCGGGCAUCUUACAAUAUCUCGUUACUUAUAGCAAAAUCCGGAAAACCGCAUACUAUCGGAGAGAAGUUAAUUUUGCCAGCCGUUGAAGAGGUUUUAGAAACUGUUUUACACAAACCUGCAUCUGAUAUCAUUAAAAGAAUUCCCUUAAGCAACAAUACUGUUGAAAGACGUAUUGAUGAAAUGAGUUCUGAUAUUGAAAGCUUCUUAUGUAAUUAUUUGCGAACGACCCAUUUCUCUAUACUGGACGAGUCAACUUUACCUGAUAAUGCAGCAUUAUUAUUGGCAUAUGUUCGUUUUAUUACGAAUCAAGAAAUCUACGAACAACUGCUCUUCGCAAGAACUUUGAUAAACGACACUAAAGAUUUUGAAUCUAGGUUUGAGGAUAUUUUGACUAUGGUAAUACCACCGUGGAUAAUUAAUCCAUAUGGUGACAUAGAAGAAACGAAUGUCAUAAUACAAGAGGAACUGACUGAACUAAGUACAAACGAAGAACUUAAGGUUCAGUUUAAAAACGGAUAUCAGCAAUUCUGGCUGCAAAACAACAUACCCGUUACUUAUCCCAGCAUAAAUCCGAACCCCAAGAAUUUUAACGUUCCCAUAGCAUUAGCGUUAACAUUAGGUAUGAACGGUCCUUUAGCAACGAGACGUUGCAACACCGGAUCGCCUCGCAUUAGGUUUUGUGGAGCAUUUGAGUUAGCCUUAAGGGGUCACGAUGAAAAGGAAAAUUCGGAAAACAGAGGCAUAUUUAAGGAGCUGGUGAAUUUUAGCGCCGAAUUAGACAACGAAUUGAAAGUCCAUAUUCAAAGUGCCAAACUUUUCAAGGGUACCUCAAAAACAACUCAAAACGAGCUUCUUGAGUGCAUGCUAGAUGUUUAUCAUGAAGAAGUUAAGAAGGAGAUUGCAAAUUCUCCUUUUGUUGCAGUAAUUGCCGAUGAAACGACUGACGUAGCCUGUGAAUUUCAAUAUUUGUGUAAAGGACAACCAGUUGAGAGAUUUUGGAGAUUUUACGUCCCCGACGGACACGAUGCCAAAUCAAUCGCUGCAUGCGUUUUAAAUGUUGUAAAUCCAUUAAUAGAUCAAAAUCCAAACAAAUUAAUAGCUCAAAGCUAUGAUGGUGCGUCUGUUAUGAGUGACAAAAACAGGCUUAAAACUGAGUUACAAGUAUUAUAUCAGAGAGAAGAAUUGAGUACUACUUCUGGAGCUGUUCCACUAUCCAUUUUAUUGAACGAGGAAGGAUUAAAUUGUACGUUUCAAGAAACUCUUAAGCUCUUAAGUAUUUUAAUCACUAUACCGAUGUCAACAUCUGAAGCAGAACGCUCUUUUUCAAUGCUGAAACGGAUUAAAACUUUCCUCAGAAACACAAUGAAGGAAGAAAGGCUUAGUGCUUUAGGAAUGCUGUCUGCAGAAAAACAUUUUGUUAGUGGCAUUGAAAAUUUUAAUAAUAAGGUACCAGGAGACGUGCAUUAUCAGGUACCAGAAGACCUGCAUUAUCAGACGCCAGGUCAUAUUUUACAAAACAUUCUGAUAUUUGUAGUUUCUAAGGAGACCUUUCUGAUGGUGUUUUUAUGGUUCAUUCCGAUUAGCAAAUUAUCAGACUGCAGACAUACUCCCCCCAUCCCCACCCAUGGAUUGACUAAUUGGCAGGAACGAAGACAGACAGAAGCACGCACAGGACACAAGACAGAAAAGCAAAUUCCGGAUUGGAGAUCGAACAGAGAAAGCUUGAAAGGGCAGUGUAAUGAAACAGCCAAGCAUCAAGAUCAAUGGUCGAAAGGGUACAUCCUGAAGGUAGUUGUGAGUGCUGCACAAAGAUGUUGUGUGGAAUAA